AUGAACAAUCUCCGGGUGGUCCCAAUCCCGGCGGGCAGCUCGAUCCUCCACGAGCACCAGCAGCAGCAAGAAUGGUGGCGUCAGGUCCUGGAUCCCGGCGGCGAAAUCGUGAACCGAUGGAACCGCAUCUUCUUCGCCAUCUGCAUGAUCGCCCUCUACAUCGAUCCCCUCUUCUUCUACCUGAUCCGCCUCGAGCCCCACCACAACUGCCUCAGCAUGGAAUACGCCCUCGCCGGCUUCCUCGUCCCCACCCGCACCCUCGUCGACCUCUUCUCCUCCAUCCACAUCCUCCUCAAGUUCCGCACCGCCUACAUCGCCCCCAACUCCACCGUCUUCGGCCGCGGCGACCUCGUCACUGACACCAACCUCAUCGCCGCCCGCUACCUCAAACGCAACUUCGCCAUCGACCUCGCCGCCGCCCUCCCCCUCCCCCAGUGUGUUGUCUGGGGCAUCAUGCCAAUGACAGUUGCUCGAAGCAGCAACCAUGUCAACCACACCAUCUCUUUGCUGAUCAUACUUCAGUACAUCCCCCGCCUCAUCAUCAUCUUCCCGCUCAACUGGCGGAUCAUCAAGAACACUGGCGUCGUUGCCAAGACUGCUUGGACCGGAGCGGCCUACAAUCUCAUUCUCUACUUGCUAGCAAGCCAUGCUCUGGGAGCAAUAUGGUACUUGAUGUCCGUGGAGAGAAUCUAUUCGUGCUGGAGAGAUUACUGCGCACUCGAAGGGAGAUCUGUUUGCAACACUAGCUAUUUUGAUUGCUUGUCGACGCUCCCUGGGCAUGAUGCUUGGCAUAACUCCACCCUUGUCUUCCAGAGAUGCGAUGGCCAGACUGGCGUUUACAAUUUUGGAAUGUUCGAGAUUGCUUUGUAUGAUCAUAUUGCUUCUGUCAAUUUCUUCGAAAAAUACUUUUAUUGUUUGUGGUUUGGGUUGAAAAGUUUAAGUUCGUACGGACAGAGUAUGGAGGCGAGUGCUAAGGUAACCGAGACAAUAUUUGGGAUUCUUGUUUGCAUAAUGGGGCUACUCUUCUUCUCGCUUCUCAUUGGCAAUGUCCAGACGUAUCUGCAAUCUACAACAGCAAGACUCGAAGAAUGGAGAGUGAAAAGACGAGACACCGAGGAAUGGAUGCGACACCGGCAGCUCCCACCCAAUCUGCAGGAGCGCGUCAGGCGGUUCGUCCAGUACAACUGGCUCUCCACCAGAGGCGUCAAGGAAGAAGAGAUUCUACAUGAAUUGCCCCUAGACAUCCGCCGCGAAGUCCAGAAGCAUCUCUGUCUGGAUCUCGUUCGUCGUGUCCCUUUCUUUUCGAAGAUGGACAACCAACUCUUGGACGCGAUAUGCCAGCGACUAGUCUCAUCCCUAAACACCAAAGGCACGUUUAUAGUGCGCGAGGGCGAUCCGGUGAACGAGAUGCUGUUCAUAAUCCGGGGGCAGCUGGAGAGCUCCACCACAGACGGCGGCCGCUCAGGAUUCUUCAACUCCAUAACCCUCAAGGUAGGCGACUUCUGCGGCGAGGAGCUUCUGAACUGGGCCCUGAUGGCCACAUCCCACCUCAACCUCCCAGCCUCCACGCGGACAGUGAAGUGCAUCACCGAGGUGGAGGCCUUUGCCCUCCGCGCGGACGACCUCAAGUUCUUCGCCGCGCAGUUCAAGCGCCUCCACAGCAAGCGGCUGCAGCACUCGUUCCGCUACUACUCCCACCAGUGGCGGACAUGGGGCGCGUGCAUCCUGCAGGCGGCGUGGAGGCGCUUCCGCAGGAGGAAGCUCGCUGAUGAGCUCUCCAGGCAGGAGAGCAUGAUGAGUUUGCAGGAUGUAGACUACGGUGAUGAUGACGACGACGAUGACCCAUCCCGGCGCGGGAGCAGUGCACUCACUGCGGCUCUCUUGGCUAAGAGAUUUGCCAAGAAAGCAAAGAGAGGGACAUCCACUCUUAGGAAGCUUAAAAUUCUUGCUGGAGAGUCCACUUCGCCAAUACCUAAGCUCUUUAAGCCUGAUGAGCCUAGUUUCUGA